UAUUAUACACAAGUCGUGUAAACGCUUGUCAUAUGGCGGGAGAAUAGAAUGGCUACGUAUCUUUCAGUAACCACCGAUUUAGAAGAUGCUAAGCUUCAUGCAAUGCCUUGUCACAUUCAAUACGACGGAAAAGCAAAUAUUGCACAGUAUUUUGAAUCAAACUCACGGAAAACUGGCGAAGCCAUGACAGCAUCUUUCCGUGGGAGACCACUCAAAGGGGAGGUUAUCCAAGUACCUCAUGGCUAUACUGGCCUUAUUGUCAAGGAGACGAGGAAAGCAAUAACAGAAGAUGAAGACCGACAUUUAACAGCAAUGAAUAAAUUCAAGGAAAUAAACUUCUGGAAUCUGGACAGAACACCAUGUGAAGAUGAUAAAAUGAAGCAAGCUAAGACCUGGCUGGAACUGGCUAAGGUGCUUCAUCAGCCUUUGGAAAAUGAAAGUAGUCAGAAGAGUACUGUAGGAAACUGAUGUCUGUCUCGGUACCAGAUGUGCUACAUUGCUGGAGUUACCUCCCCUGAUAUUACGGUUUCAGUGGGACCAACACAGGGAAAUAGAAAGAGUUAUCUUGACUAGAUGGUCUAUUGGAAUUUAGCAAGUACAGAUCUGGAUGCCAUGUAGUACAGAUUCUGGCUACUGACAUGUUUUAUAAAUGUAUUUUAUUUUGGUUACCAUAUCAGUAGGACAAUAUAUGCAUUAAACUUAUUAAUGAGACA